AUGAUUGCGAUUAUCAUCCUCCUUGUUGCCGCCCUUGCGCUCAUCAUCGGCCUCAGUGCUGCCGGUAACAGCACCACUAAUGACGUGACCACCGUUAACACUGUCGGAGAGAUCGGUAAGGCUGCGAUCCUUCCUUGCACUUUUACCCCUGAUGCUAAAAAAUCCAGUAAUGUCCUCUGGGAGAAGGUGGGAGACACUGGGAAUGUCUACAAAUAUGAGAACGGAAAGAUUUCAUUGACCGAUCAGAACUCAAACUUCAAAAGUCGGACCUCGCUCUUCCUCACCCAGCUGUCUGCAGGCAAUGCCUCCCUGACGUUAAUCAAUGUCCAGAUGAAUGACGCCGGCGUCUACAAGUGCACAAUCACCAACUCUAACGGGCAAGGACAGAACACGCUGAGCCUCAGCGUCGGAGCGUUUUCAGAUGUGACGGUGACUAACAUCUCACAGACCACCCUGCGUUGUGACUCCCCCAAAUGGUACCCCAAACCCACCGUCAGCUGGCUGAACGUCUCCUCCGGACAGAACCUCGCCAGUGUCGUCACCGACUAUGUGCCCAGUUUUAGCAGCAUGGUCAGGGUGAUCAGUGAAUUCAGCAACGCAGAAAAAAAUAUACAGUUUAGGUGUGUGAUAAGCAACAAUGUCGCCCAUGCUGAAGGAGACGCCAUACUCACAGAUUACGGCCUGCUGACAGAGUCCCGGCUGGUGGUGUUGAGUUCAGCCCGGAUCUCGUCCCCUUCCCUUCUUCUCCUGGGCUUCCUCAUCCUGACCUUCCAUCUUGGAGAUGUGAACUUGUAG